AUGUACCGUAUCCCCCUCAUAGGUCGCCUCUCAGGGCGUGAAUACUUUGCCCUCGUUUUCGGUCUCAUCUUCGUCCUUUUUGAGGGUCUUAUCCAUGUCAUAAUUCUCUUCCUCCCCAAAUGGUUCAUCAACAUCUGCUACGAGCACUCCCGCUCUCUGUUCCACCGUAUAAUGGGCCCUCCAAAGGUCAAAUCUGCGGAGAAGCGCCAGGCCGACCGCAUUCUUAAAGCGCGUGACUUUGGCGAGCUGUGCUCUAUCUAUGGUUACACUCAUGAAGAACAUGUGGUCUUAACCAAGGAUGGAUAUCUUCUUGGGCUUCACCGUUUGCCUUCCAAAAAGGGACAGCAAAAGGCUAGUCCGGGUACUGCAACUGGGAACCCCGUGGUAUAUCUGCAUCAUGGUCUCCUCAUGAACAGCGAAGUCUGGGUUUGCUUGACUGCAGCUGAACGCUCUCUUCCAUUCGUUCUCGUUGAACAAGGCUUCGACGUGUGGCUAGGAAACAACCGCGGCAACAAAUAUUCCAAGAAGUCGAUACAUCAUGGACCAAAUUCGUCCAAGUUCUGGGAUUACAGCAUCGACGACUUCGCUUGGCACGAUAUUCCUGACUCCAUCAAUUACAUUCUGGAUUGUACCAAGGCAAAGACGCUGAGCUACGUUGGCUUCAGCCAAGGUACCGCCCAAGCGUUUGCUGCCUUGAGCAUUCACCCCCAAUUGAAUGAGAAGGUUAAUGUCUUCAUUGCGCUUGCUCCCGCCAUGAGCCCCGCAGGCCUCGCUGCCUCUGUGGUCGAUGGCUUGAUGAAAGCAUCUCCUACCCUGAUAUUCCUUUUCUUCGGCCGCAAGUCUAUUCUCUCGUCCGCAACAAUGUGGCAGUCCAUCCUCUACCCACCCAUCUUCGCCAAGACUAUCGACACAUCCCUUCGUUGGCUGUUCAACUGGCACAGUCAUAACAUCUCGACACACCAGAAGAUCGCGGCGUACGCGCACUUGUACUCCUUCGCAUCAACCAAGUCUGUUGUUCACUGGUUCCAAAUAAUGCGAAAUGGCCAAUUCCAGAUGUACGACGACGACGUUCAGUCGCCGAUAAUGCAUACUUCAGUCAGCAGCUAUCGACCUGCCCGUUUCCCAACGAGGAAUAUUGUCACACCUAUAGUGUUGUGUUAUGGUGACUCUGAUAGUUUGGUGGACAUUGAUGUUAUGGUGUCUCAAUUGCCUGGGCACACGGUCUGUCGUCGAUUGCAUGGCUACGAGCACCUCGAUAUUCUUUGGGGAAAAGAUGUGGAUGUGGACGUUAUACCCGAAGUGUUAGAUGCCCUCAAGCAGCACUGCGAGAACCCAGAACGCUUGAUGGUGAACGGAGUACCUUUGCGCGAGAAAAGGACAGUUAUGUCGGACUAG